CAAUCAAAAACGAAAACAUCCACACAUCUUGAUCACAUACUACCGGUACGAGUACGUAGUACUAUGUACUCGUACUAAGAGCAGGGGUGACUAAGAGUACCGUAGUACGAUAUCACAAAGAAAACCAUAGCAACACAAAAAGUGAUUUCAGGAACAGGAACCGUCAACUGUCAAAUUCGUCGGCAAAAAGGGACUCCUUUGUUCACUGUCCUAACGGUACGGUAACAACUCGCUAUAUCGUGUGCACAAUGACCAAGAAAAGAGACGAUGGCUUGGUCUUGUUGAGUCAUCCGUCGACUGGAACUACGGCAAAGUAAGUGGUGCUUUUCGUCGAUGCUAUUUUGUUCUGCGGUCUGUCGGAAGGACCCUGCCGAAUGUGGUUGGAAUCGAACAAUUGGGGUUGGCGUUUGCGUUUGGAAAGAAGUGAAUAAACUCGAUGCCCGAAUCCUAUGCACUCACCUCUUUGUACGCUGGAAACUCUGAUACCAUUCCUUUUGAUGGAACACGAUGCAUCCACCGUGUCCGUUCUCCCUCCGAUUGUGCCGUGUUGUUUCUCUGCGUUUCGUUGCAUCGUUGUUGCUGCGCAGAGCGUCGUCGGUCCUCCAGAACAACACGAAACUUCACGGAGCCGCGAAGGCCUUGGAUUGCGACGACCUCCUCAGCAGCUGGAAUUCAGAGGGCAGUCCGAACGGCAAGAAGGAAAGUUUUCUCGUCGUUGAUUUUAGCGGCGGUGGGAAGCAUCCGAAUCGAACGGUCCGCGCCUUGGAGCUCGGCCUGCAGUUCCAGGCCGGCUUCGCCGCCGAAGAAAUUACGGUGUACGCCAAAGCGCAACAGCAAGAGGGGGAGACCGGAGGUGCACGGUGGCGAAAAGCAGAAGAAAUCGAGGCCGAGGAUGACCACGAAUUGCAAUCCUUUGCACUGCCCGCGGAGGAGCCAACGACCGCUCUGAAAAUCGUGUUCGGUGAGACCACUGAUUUUUACGGCCGGGUGAUCAUCUAUCAGAUACAGGUUUGGGGAAAGAACUUGGGGAAUGAUUGUGACAAGUCGUCGUAAUCGAUGAUGAAUCACAGGCGUGUCAGAAUGGGGACUAGGAAAAACACGACAAGUGACAUUUCAGUAUUCCAUGAUUUGAUCUACCGUUCUUGGUUAACGGAAAUUAUCGUCGAUAUCUCAUCCUGGAAGAAAUGACAAAGUGUCGUCACCAUUCGUGGAUAGCAUGUGAAAUCAAUCAUAACUCCUACUAGUUUAUUGUGUAUCGAGAAUUCAUAGUUUCGUCUAGGACAGCCCCUGUAAAUAUUGAGAUGCAAACGAAUACGUCACAACGGUAAUUGCUGCCGAUGGCGCACCCCUGGAAUAGGCAACCUGCCAACCCCGAAACAGUGAAGGAACGCUUCGCAAGAUCCCGUGGUGCUGACACAUUCUUAACGCAUGGGAAAGGUUGCAAGCCGACCCGUUUUGAAUCCAGGUUUUCAUGGUAUCGACAGGCAACGCCCAGAGCCAAAAGGAUACCCCGGCGAGCGCUCCCGACAAAAUCACAACCGGGGUUGACGGGGGCCGAUUGCUGUGUUCUGGGGUUAGCUGUUCCUGGGAAUAGGCCAUUGCCACAAAGAAAAAUCCACACCCCACCGAAUCUCUCAGGAUCGUACUCGUCAUUCCACGCCAUAGUCCGGAGAUGCCUUGGGAUCGAAUGGUAUUUCGAAUCACAGAGAUGGGGCCAUUGUUUCUAGUCGUGUUGUUUAAGGAACCGCUACCAGCAUCCUUGGCAACUGCAGCUGCGUUUUCAAUGAGGGCGAUCUGUUGGUUCCGAACAUACUCGACGGGUGUGCAAAAAAGUGCCGCGUUGACGGCACCGCCCAUGAAUCCCGAUAUGAACCGAUCGGUGAGCGUCAAUCUGUAUGGCACCUCGUACUUGUUCCCGAAUUCACGUUUUUCUCGCGUGUUCCAAUCUCGAAUGAAGGAUUCUGUCAGGCUGUUGACAGAGAAUAUCGUCCCUUUGUAAAUCGCCUGAGCUGCCAACGGCAUGGCCAGUCCUGUGUACAGUGCCCGUACACCACCCCCGUACUGAAUUGUGUUUCGAAUGGUUCCCACCAGGCCGACUGUACCGCCCGUUGCGUUGGUCAGUGCGGCCGCUGCCGCUGGUGCAGACGACUGCAUCUUCACGCGAAGGACGUCGAAUGGGUGACACGCAGCCGUCGAAAUAAUUCCAGCUGCACUCC